AUGGUAUCUGAUAACCUACAGGACCUCUGUCAAACACUGGGGCUGAAGGCUAAAGUGGAAGAGGAGAAGGAAGAGGAGGAGGAGGAUGAAGAGGGAGCGACAGAUGAUGCAGAGGAAGUUGGAGGGCUGAUUAAUUCUGAUGGAGAAGAAGUUGACUGGGAUUCUGUUCAACAUGGUAAGUGGAGGCUGAUCGCUGACUGUUCUUUAGUUACACAGUAAUAGAGUGAAUACUAUGUCUCAUUAUCUAACCCAGUGGUUCCCAAACUGUGGGACUGAGUUUUAAGGAACUCAGUCCGGCUUUCAACUUACUCUUGAAAGUUGUAAUUGUAGAAUGCACAAGCUGCAAUCUCUAAAUUGAGUAGUGCAUCAUCAGUUCCUCUUGUCAUGUCAGUCAUUGCAUACCUUAGAGAGCUACAGUGGGGGAAAAAAAGUAUUUAGUCAGCCGCCAAUUGUGCAAGUUCUCCCACUUAAAAAGAUGAGAGAGGCCUGUAAUUUUCAUUAUAGGUACACGUCAACUAUGACAGACAAAAUGAGAAACAAAAUCCAGAAAAUCACAUUGUAGGAUUUUUUAUGAAUUUAUUUGCAAAUUAUGGUGGAAAAUAAGUAUUUGGUCAAUAACAAAAGUUUCUCAAUACUUUGUUAUAUACCCUUUGUUGGCAAUGACACAGGUCAAACGUUUUCUGUAAGUCUUCACAAGGUUUUCACACACUGUUGCUGGUAUUUUGGCCCAUUCCUCCAUGCAGAUCUCCUCUAGAGCAGUGAUGUUUUGGGGCUGUCGCUGGGCAACACGGACUUUCAACUCCCUCCAAAGAUUUUCUAUGGGGUUGAGAUCUGGAGACUGGCUAGGCCACUCCAGGACCUUGAAAUGCUUCUUACGAAGCCACUCCUUCGUUGCCCGGGCGGUGUGUUUGGGGUCAUUGUCAAGCUGAAAGACCCAGCCACAUUUCAUCUUCAAUGCCCUUGCUGAUGGAAGGAGGUUUUCACUCAAAAUCUCACGAUACAUGGCCCCAUUCAUUCUUUCCUUUACACGGAUCAGUCGUCCUGGUCCCUUUGCAGAAAAACAGCCCCAAAGCAUGAUGUUUCCACCCCCAUGUUUCACAGUAGGUAUGGUGUUCUUUGGAUGCAACUCAGCAUUCUUUGUCCUCCAAACACGACGAGUUGAGUUUUUACCAAAAAGUUAUAUUUUGGUUUCAUCUGACCAUAUGACAUUCUCCCAAUCCUCUUCUGGAUCAUCCAAAUGCACUCUAGCAAACUUCAGACGGGCCUGGACAUGUACUGGCUUAAGCAGGGGGACACGUCUGGCACUGCAGGAUUUGAGUCCCUGGCGGCGUAGUGUGUUACUGAUGGUAAGCUUUGCUACUUUGGUCCCAGCUCUCUGCAGGUCAUUCACUAGGUCCCCCCGUGUGGUUCUGGGAUUUUUGCUCACCGUUCUUGUGAUCAUUUUGAACCACGGGGUGAGAUCUUGCGUGGAGCCCCAGAUCGAAGGAGAUUAUCAGUGGUCUUGUAUGUCUUCCAUUUCCUAAUAAUUGCUCCCACAGUUGAUUUCUUCAAACCAAGCUGCUUACCUAUUGCAGAUUCAGUCUUCCCAGCCUGGUGCAGGUCUACAAUUUUGUUUCUGGUGUCCUUUGACAGCUCUUUGGUCUUGGCCAUAGUGGAGUUUGGAGUGUGACUGUUUGAGGUUGUGGACAGGUGUCUUUUAUACUGAUAACAAGUUCAAACAGGUGCCAUUAAUACAGGUAAUGAGUGGAGGACAGAGGAGCCUCUUAAAGAAGAAGUUACAGGUCCGUGAGAGCCAGAAAUCUUGCUUGUUUGUAGGUGACCAAAUACUUAUUUUCCACCAUAAUUUGCAAAUAAAUUCAUAAAAAAUCCUACAAUGUGAUUUUCAGGAGAAAAAAAAAUCUCAUUUUGUCUGUCAUAGUUGACGUGUACCUAUGAUGAAAAUUACAGGCCUCUCUCAUCUUUUUAAGUGGGAGAAAUUGCACAAUUGGUGGCUGACUAAAUACUUUUUUCCCCCACUGUAUUUGUCACUUGUCAGAAAUGUCCAGAUCAACUAGCCCAUGUCAGCUAACGUUUUUUAGAUAGUUUUUUUUAGCUCAUAUAUUUUGUUGUAAAGUUUGUGUCACUCAAAUAUCACAUGAAUACACAUUAGACAAAACUGCAACAUUUUUCUCUGCACCCCAUGACAGAAUGUGUAGAAUUGCAGGAACUAAGCUUUAAACCUGCAACAUGUUCUCUCCGCCAAACAAGAGGGGUGUGAACAGUUUGUGUCAUCAACAGGGCUUGUUCCCAUAGAGAUAGAUGUGGCAGGUGCAAAGGUUUGAGAACCCCUGAUCUAUCCCAUAAUCUCCACAGGAGAGAGUCCUGUCCAUGGCUCUGGUAGUGUCAUUAUAACCAGUAAUACCAACCUAUCUCCACAGGAGAGAGUCCUGUCCAUGGCUCUGGUAGUGUCAUUAUAUAUAACCAGUAAUACCAACCUAUCUCCACAGGAGAGAGUCCUGUCCAUGGCUCUGGUAGUGUCAUUAUAUAUAACCAGUAAUACCAACCUAUCUCCACAGGAGAGAGUCCUGUCCAUGGUCUGGUAGUGUUAUUAUAACCAGUAAUACCAACCUAUCUCCACAGGAGAGAGUCCUGUCCAUGGCUCUGGUAGUGUCAUUAUAUAUAACCAGUAAUACCAACCUAUCUCCACAGGAGAGAGUCCUGUCCAUGGCUCUGGUAGUGUCAUUAUAACCAGUAAUACCAACCUAUCUCCACAGGAGAGAGUCCUGUCCAUGGUCUGGUAGUGUAUUAUACCAGUAAUACCAACCUAUCUCCACAGGAGAGAGUCCUGUCCAUGGUCUGGUAGUGUAUUAUUAUAACCAGUAAUACCAACCUAUCUCCACAGGAGAGAGUCCUGUCCAUGGCUCUGGUAGUGUCAUUAUAACCAGUAAUACCAACCUAUCUCCACAGGAGAGAGUCCUGUCCAUGGCUCUGGUAGUGUCAUUAUAACCAGUAAUACCAACCUAUCUCCACAGGAGAGAGUCCUGUCCAUGGCUCUGGUAGUGAAGGAAGUCCCCCUACAUCACACAUCAACAAGGUGGGAGAAAAUGAUGAUAAACAUUUCAUAUGAGAUACCAUUGUUAACAUUAUAAACAUAUAUCUUUUAUUUUUUACCAUUCCAUUGAACCCUUUUUUUUGUUCCUUUGUAAUGAGCAAAUAAACAUGGUUUGCAUUCCGUUCUAACUUUAUUACAAACGGGGAUGUUUUUAUUCUAGGAUCCCGGUGAUCAAUCGGGGUCUACAGUGUCUCAGGGUCCUGAUCCAAACCAUGAGGAGGACAGCACUCAAACACCUGGGAUGAACGCUCAUAUUGUAGAGGAGGAGGAGGAGGAGGAGGAGGAGGAGGAUGAGGAAGAGGAGGAGGAAGAAGAAGAGUGGGAGGAGGAAGAGGAAGAAGAGGGUGAAGAUGAAGAAGAGGAGGAAGAGGAAGUUGGUGAUCUGUUGAAUUCUGUAGUAGAAGAAGCUACCUGGGAUACUCCUCAUCUUGGUAAGUGGUGACAGAAAGGUGAGGUUAAAAUAACGUGGACGUCCCAAAUGGCACCCUAUUCCCUAUAUAGUGUAAUGUAGAGAGGGAGACAGAUUUAUCUAACCAAUCUGUCCGUCCCCCGGGGGUAUACGUAUGUAGGCUGGAGUCAGGAGCUUAGACUGCUACACCAGACUCCGGACAUAGGGCUCUGGUCAAAAGUAGUGCACCAUAUAGGGAAUACCUGGCCGCUGGUUCCACACAAUAGCAUGUACGCUACAUACCAUUAGUGAUGGACCUAUUUGACCCACUGAACUCUCUUCUCUCCACAGGAAUGAGUCCUAACUCCUGCCACGGUAGUGAGGGAACUCCCUCAACACCAGGAGCGCUGGAACAACACCGCCGGGAGAAACAGAAGAAACAGGGGAGCAAACGGAAGAAGGGUCCAGAACAAAAGCAGCCGAAGAAAGAAGAGAAACCAAAGAAGGAAAAGAAACCGAAGCAGAAGAAAGCUAAGGUGACCCAUCGCUGCUUUAAAUGUGGAGAGGGAUUCUCCCGUAUCUACGACAUGCUCUUACACCAGACCAUUCAUAUAGAUGGAACGGCCAUGUUGAAAACCAAGAAGGUUCACCGCUGCUUAACGUGUGGAUACGAAGCAUCCGAUGCACAUAAACUCAUGAUGCACGAGCGGACACACACAGGAGAGAAGCCUUUCCACUGCUCUUUGUGUGGGAAGAGAUUCGCUCAGAAAGGAAAUCUGAAAAUACACCAGAGUGUGCACAAAGGUGAGAACUCAUACCUCUUCCCAGUGACCGAACUUUGGAAAUACAUUUGUCCUCUUAAAGGGAUACUUCGGGAUAUUGGCAAUGAGGCCCUUUAUCUACUUCCCCAGAGUCAGAUAAACUUGUGGAUACCAUUUUUAUGUCUCUGCGUGCAGUUUGAAGGAAGUUGCUAACUAGCGUAGCGCUAACGCUAGUUAGCAUUGGCUCACAAAACUACCUCUAACUUCCUUCACACUGGACACAGAGACAUACAGAUGGUAUCCACGAGUAGAUAAAGGGCCUCAUUGCCAAAAUCCCAAAGUAUCCCUUUAAGCUUUAGAUAUUUCACACUGAUAAUUUCACUGUUGUAAAAACAAAAUGUCAGAUAUUACACACUGAUAAAUGCUUGUAGUUCUGAUAGAAGUAAAAGAGGUGUAGACAGAUGGUGUGACUAAAGAGGUGUCAGUGUAGACAGAUGGUGUGACUAAAGAGGUGUCAGUGUAGACAGAUGGUGUGACUAAAGAGGUGUCAGUGUAGACAGAUGGUGUAACUAAAGAGGUGUCAGUGUAGACAGAUGGUGUGACUAAAGAGGUGUCAGUGUAGACAGAUGGUGUGACUAAAGAGGUGUCAGUGUAGACAGAUGGUGUGACUAAAGAGGUGUCAGUGUAGACAGAUGGUGUGACUAAAGAGGUGUCAGUAGAGACAGAUGGUGUGACUAAAGAGGUGUCAGUAGAGACAGAUGGUGUGACUAAAGAGGUGUCAGUAGAGACAGAUGGUGUGACUAAAGAGGUGUCAGUAGAGACAGAUGGUGUGACUAAAGAGGUGUCAGUAGAGACAGAUGGUGUGACUAAAGAGGUGUCAGUAGAGACAGAUGGUGUGACUAAAGAGGUGUCAGUGUAUACAGAUGGUGUGACUAAAGAGGUGUCAGUGUAGACAGAUGGUGUGACUAGAGAGGUGUCAGUAGAGACAGAUGGUGUGACUAAAGAGUUGUCAGUAGAGACAGAUGGUGUGACUAAAGAGGUGUCAGUGUAGACAGAUGGUGUGACUAAAGAGGUGUCAGUAGAGACAGAUGGUGUGACUAAAGAGGUGUCAGUGUAGACAGAUGGUGUGACUAAAGAGGUGUCCGUGUAGAUACAGUGGGGAGAACAAGUAUUUGAUACACUGGCGAUUUUGCAGGUUUUCCUACUUACAAAGCAUGUAGAGGUCUGUAAUUUUUAUCAUAUGUACACUUCAACUGUGAGAGACGGAAUCUAAAACAAAAAUCCAGAGAAUCACAUUGUAUGAUUUUUAAGUAAUUCAUUUGCAUUUUAUUGCAUGACAUAAGUAUUUGAUCACCUACCAACCAGUAAGAAUUCCGGCUCUCACAGACCUGUUAGUUUUUCUUUAAGAAGCCCUCCUGUUCUCCACUCAUUACAUGUAUUAACUGCACCUGUUUGAACUCGUUACCUGUAUAAAAGACACCUGUCCACACACUCAAUCAAACAGACUCCAACCUCUCCACAAUGGCCAAGACCAGAGAGCUGUGUAAGGACAUCAGGGAUAAAAUUGUAGACCUGCACAAGGCUGGGAUGGGCUACAGGACAAUAUGCAAGCAGCUUGGUGAGAAGGCAACAACUGUUGGUGCAAUUAUUAGAAAAUGGAAGAAGUUCAAGAUGACGGUCAAUCACCCUCGGUCUGGGGCUCCAUGCAAGAUCUCACCUCGUGGGGCAUCAAUGAUCAUGAGGAAGGUGAGGGAUCAGCCCAGAACUACACGGCAGGACCUGGUCAAUGACCUGAAGAGAGCUGGGACCACAGUCUCAAAGAAAACCAUUAGUAAUACACUACGCCGUCAUGGAUUAAAAUCCUGCAGCGCACGCAAGGUCCCCCUGCUCAAGCCAGCGCAUGUCCAGGCCCGUCUGAAGUUUGCCAAUGACCAUCUGGAUGAUCCAGAGGAGGAAUGGGAGAAGGGCAUGUGGUCUGAUGAGACAAAAAUAAAGCUUUUUGGUCUAAACUCCACUCGCGUGUUUGGAGGAAGAAGAAGGAUGAGUACAACCCCAAGAACACCAUCCCAACCGUGAAGCAUGGAGGUGGAAACAUCAUUCUUUGGGGAUGCUUUUCUACAAAGGGGACAGGACGACUGCACCGUAUUGAGGGGAGGAUGGAUGGGGCCAUGUAUCGCAAGAUCUUGGCCAACAACCUCCUUCCCUCAGUAAGAGCAUUGUAGAUGGGUCGUGUCUGGGUCUUCCAGCAUGACAACGACCCGAAACACACAGCCAGGGCAACUAAGAAGUGGCUCCGUAAGAAGCAUCUCAAGGUCCUGGAGUGGCCUAGCCAGUCUCCAGACCUGAACCCAAUAGAACAUCUUUGAAGGGAGCUGAAAGUCCGUAUUGCCCAGCGACAGCCCUGAAACCUGAAGGAUCUGGAGAAGGUCUGUAUGGAGGAGUGGGCCAAAAUCCCUGCUGCAGUGUGUGCAAACCUGUUCAAGACCUACAGGAAACGUAUGAUCUCUGUAAUUUGAAACAAAGGUUUCUGUACCAAAUAUUAAGUUCUGCUUUUCUGAUGUAUCAAAUACUUAUGUCAUGCAAUAAAAUGCAAAUUAAUUACUUAAAAAUCAUACAAUGUGAUUUUCUGGAUUUUUGUUUUAGAUUCCAUCUCUCACAGUUGAAGUGUACCUAUGAUAAAAAAUUACAGACCUCUACAUGCUUUGUAAGUAGGAAAACCUCAAAAUCGGCAGUGUAUCAAAUCUCCCCUCUGUAGAUGGUGUGACUAAAGAGGUGUCAGUGUAGACAGAUGGUGUGACUAAAGAGGUGUCAGUGUAGACAGAUGGUGUGACUAAAGAGGUGUCAGUAUAGACAGAUGGUGUGACUAAAGAGGUGUCAGUAAGACAGAUGGUGUGACUAAAGAGGUGUCAGUGUAGACAGAUGGUGUGACUAAAGAGGUGUCAGUGUAGACAGAUGGUGUGACUAAAGAGGUGUCAGUGUAGACUGAUGGUGUGACUAAAGAGGUGUCAGUGUAGACAGAUGGUGUGACUAAAGAGGUGUCAGUGUAGACAGAUGGUGUGACUAAAGAGGUGUCAGUGUAGACUGAUGGUGUGACUAAAGAGGUGUCAGUGUAGACAGAUGGUGUGACUAAAGAGUUGUCAGUUCAGGCAGAAGGUGUGACUAAAGCAUGAAUUACACAUUGGUCUUUAAAUCCGCUUGGUGUUUUAUUUCCUUGAUACUAAUGAGUAGGGCGAUACUGGUAUCGUCCUGGCCCCAGUCAUUGUCUGGUUAGACUUAACAUGAACUAACACUUUAUCUUCCCCCAUGCAGGAGAAGUCAGGAAUCCCAGUUUCUGGCCUGACAUCGUGGAGAGGCUUCCUACAAUAGGAGUCCCUGACCAAUACCAUGACAACCACACAGCUAAGCCAACAGGAGUCCCUGACCAAUACUAUGACAACCACACAGUUAAGCCAAUAGGAGUCCCUGACCAAUACUAUGACAACCACACAGUUAAGCCAACAGGAUUCCCUGACCAAUACUAUGACAACCACACAGCUAAGCCAACAGGAGUCCCUGACCAAUACCAUGACAACCACACAGUUAAGCCAACAGGAGUCCCGGACCAAUACCAUGACAACCACACAGCUAAGGAGAACCACCACUGCCUAGAGUGUGGCGAGGAAUGCCAAACUCCAUCAGCUCUACAGAUACACAUGAGAACUCACACUGGAGAGAACCAGUCUAACCCGCAGUGCCCUCUCUGCGGGGCAGAGUUCUCUCAGAAAGGCCUUCUGGAUGAUCACCUGGUGAUCGCCCACUCCCAUGAGAAACCAGAGAAGCCUUACCCCUGUCCAGACUGUGGGAAGAGAUUCUCCAGCAAGAGUUACAUCAAGAUCCACCAGAAGAUCCACAGUGGGAAGAUCUCUUACCACUGCGCCCAGUGUGAUAAGAGUUUCAUGUCAGCGGAGGGGCUCAAGAAGCACGAGAGCGCUCACCGAGGAGAGAGGCCGUACCGAUGCCCUGCGUGUGGCAAGUGUUUCAAACAACAAUCCCAGCUGACCUGUCACUUCAAGAUCCACACUGGAGAGAGGAGCCAUCUCUGCUUCCUGUGUGGGAAGAGUUUCGCCAGAGAGUUUGACCUCCGGGUGCAUCUCAGAGUCCACUCCGGAGAGAAGCCCUACCAGUGCCAUGAGUGUGGCAAGAGCUACAGGUACAGAGCAGGCAUCCGGUCACACAUGCAGCAGAUGCAUCCUGGGAAGCCCAUAGUGGAACCAACCCCACCCAUCCCCACAGGCCCUCGCUACAGUGGAAGAAGUGGUCUUCCAACAUCCCUUAUCAGAAAGGUACGUGGUUUGGUUUGCUGUAGGCUAAUGCUGUGGUUUGGUUUGCUGUAGGCUAAUGCUGUGGUUUGGUUUGCUGUAGGCUAGUGCUGUGGUUUGGUUUCCUGUAGGCUAAUGCUGUGGUUUGGUUUGCUGUAGGCUAAUGCUGUGGUUUGGUUUGCUGUAGGCUAAUGCUGUGGUUUGGUUUGCUGUAGGCUAAUGCUGUGGUUUGGUUUGCUGUAGGCUAAUGCUGUGGUUUGGUUUGCUGUAGGCUAAUGCUGUGGUUUGGUUUGCUGUAGGCUAAUGCUGUGGUUUGGUUUGCUGUAGGCUAAUGCUGUGGUUUGGUUUGCUGUAGGCUAAUGCUAUCGCUAUCUAAACGCUUCUGGAAUUGGUUCAGGUUUGUGUUUAUGGUUAGCUAGGGUGAGGUUAAAGUUAGGCAUAGAUUUAGCGAACCGCCACUCAAAAUCUGCUACAUAUACACUUCCUGUUUGAACAGAAGGGGGCCGAGGAGGACGCUACCCUGGGGAACCUUACCACAAACAUUCUAUUCUCACUUUACUAAUGACUGUUGUGUUUUCACUGUAGGAUCCUGGUGACCAAUCCAGCCCCAAAGCUAGAGAGUCCCAGGGACCUGAUCCAAACCAUGGCAGCAAGGCGUCCACUCAGACACCUCGGUUGAAGGCCAGCGCUGAAGAAGAAGAGGAGGAGGAGGAAGAAGAAGAAGAAGAAGAAGAAGAUGUGAACGUUGAUGGUUCGGGUAAUUCUGAAGACGACGACGCCAGUUGGAAUCCUGCUCCUCGUCUUGGUAAGUGGAGGUAGAACGUCAACAGAAAAUCAUUCAACUAUAACCUGUUAAUUUGGCUGCGUUCAAAAUGGCACCCUGUCAACAGAAAAUCAAUCAACUAUAACCUGUUAAUUUGGCUGCGUUCAAAAUGGCACCCUGUCAACAGAAAAUCAUUCAAAUAUACCCUGUUAAUUUGGCUGCGUUCAAAAUGGCACCCUGUCAACAGAAAAUCAUUCAACUAUAGCCUGUUAAUUUGGCUGCGUUCAAAAUGGCACCCUGUCAACAGAAAAUCAUUCAACUAUAGCCUGUUAAUUUGGCUGCGUUCAAAAUGGCACCCUGUCAACAGAAAAUCAUUCAAAUAUACCCUGUUAAUUUGGCUGCGUUCAAAAUGGCACCCUGUCAACAGAAAAUCAUUCAACUAUAUCAAAAUGGCACCCUGUCAACAGAAAAUCAUUCAACUAUAACCUGUUAACUUGGCUGCGUUCAAAAUGGCACCCUGUCAACAGAAAAUCAUUCAACUAUAACCUGUUAACUUGGCUGCGUUCAAAAUGGCACCCUGUCAACAGACAAUCAUUCAACUAUAACCUGUUAACUUGGCUGCGUUCAAAAUGGCACCCUGUCAACAGAAAAUCAUUCAACUAUAACCUGUUAACUUGGCUGCGUUCAAAAUGGCACCCUGUCAACAGAAAAUCAUUCAACUAUAAUCUGUUAACUUGGCUGCGUUCAAAAUGGCACCCUGUCAACAGACAAUCAUUCAACUAUAACCUGUUAAUUUGGCUGCGUUCAAAAUGGCACCCUGUCAACAGAAAAUCAUUCAACUACCGGAUUUUCCGCACUAUAAGGCGCACCGGAGUAUAAGCCGCAGCAGCUAAAUUGAAUGAUAUUGAAUGAUGCGUACAUAUAUAAGCCGCACUGGACUAUAAGCUGCAGGUGUUUUAAUGUUUAAUUACCAUAUGUAAGGGUUCGUGCACAGAGGGGAUUGUCGGGAAAGAGACAAACUGUCUCGCUCUCAUAAUGUCUGUCUGUCUUGCUCUCGUUCUGUCUCUCGUUCUGUCUCUCGUACCACUCUCGGUUCCACUUUUACUUUUGCGCGCUACCUGUCUCACUCUUUUCCGGCCUCCAGCUUUUCCUGCUGGAGCCCGCCGCUUAAAGGUGGGGGGCGCGGACCGGUCAUAGAGUCCAUAGAGUUAAAGUUGGUGGACUGUAAUCUGUAAAAUCCAUAGAUUUAGGAGGUCUUCUAGUGGCCGUUAGCUGUAAAAAUCCAUAGAUUAGCCGCACCGUUAUAUAAGCCGCAGGGUCGAAAAAUUGGAAAAAAGGCGCGGCUUAUAGUCAGAAAAUUACGGUAUAACCUGUUAACUUGGCUGCUGUUCAAAAUGGCACCCUGUCCCUUAUAUAGGGCUCUGUUCAAAAGUAGCACCCUAAAUAGGGAUUAGCGUUACCAUUUGGGACACGGACAAUCUAUCGGGCCAAUUCUUUAACCCGUUCUCUUUGUCACACAGCCAAGACUGGUGCCGGCGGUCCCUCUACAGCAGGGGCACCUAGAAAACACCGGAAGAAACAACGGGCGAAACAGAGAACCAGAGUCAAAGGAGAAGGCCAACGGAAGCGGCCCAAAACCAAGAGGUUUAACAACCGCCGCUGCUUUAAAUGUGGAGAGGGAUUCCCCCGGGAAUAUGAGCUGUUGCUACACCUGCAGACACAUCUAGAUUACAACUGCUACGUGUGUGGAGCGCCGUUCAACAACAAAGAACUGCUGCAGAGACAUCAGACAGAGCACACCGGUAAGACAGCCUAUGGCAGACUCACGAUGGCUACAUCACGACUGGAAUACUGUUAUUACCCUUUUGACGGGUUAUUAGUGAAUUCACUGUGAGUGACUGUGUCUCAAACGGCACCCUGUUCCCUAGAUAGUGCACCCUUUAGGCUCUUGUCCGAAAGUAGUGCACUAUUAUUACAGGGAAUAUAAGGUGCCGUUUGAGAGACCCACCAACUGUGUCUUUCUUCCCCAGAGGAGAGUCUGGGUGUGUUCUCUGGUGAGGCAGGAGGUCCGGCUACAGGACAGCGCCGGGGGCGAGGGAAGAGGAUUCACCGAUGUCCGACCUGUGGGAAAGAACUGUCCGACGCGUCCAAACUGAAGCUACACAUGAGAAUACACACCGGAGAGAAGCCUUACUGUUGCUCCCUGUGCGGGAAGGGUUUCACUCAGCCAGGGAACCUGAAAACACACAUGAAAACACACAGAGGUGAGAGAGACUUUUUGGGUAAGACGUUCAGCGACAUGUUGUGGUCCGCAUACAGUGCCUUCAGAAAGAAUUCACACCCCUUGAAUGUUUUCACAUUUUGUUGUGUUACAAGGUGGGAUUAAAAUGGGUUUAAUUGUCACGAUCUAAACAUAAUCCUCUAGUCAAAGUGGGAGAAGAAUUUAAAGUGUAAUUAAUAACUUCAUCAUGCUCUAAGGGAUAUUCAAUGUCUGCUCUUUUUUGUGUACCCAUCUACCAAUAGGUGCCCUUCUUUGGGAGGCAUUGGAAAAUCUCCCUGGUCUUUGUGGUUGAAUCUGUGUUUGAAAUUCACUGCUCGACUGAGGGACCUUACAGAUAAUUGUAUGUGUGAGGUACAGAGAUGAGGUAGUCAUUCAAAAAUCAUGUUAAACACUAUUAUUGCACACAGAGUGAGUCUAUGCAACUUAUUAUGUGACUUAUUAAGCACAUUUCUACUCCUGAAUUUAUUUAGGCUUGCCAUAACAAAGGGGUUGUAUUACUUAUUGACUUAAGACAUUUCAGCUUUUCAUUUUUAAUGAAUUUCUAAAAAUUUCUAAAGACAUAAUUCCACUUUGACAUUAAGGGUUAUUGUUUGUAGGCCAGUGACAGAAAAUCUACAUUUAAUCAAUUUUAAAUUCAGCCUGUAACACAAUAAAAUGUGGAAAAAGUCAAGGGGUGUGAAUACUUUCUGAAGGCACUGUAUGUUGAUGUUGGGGUGGUGCUUGGGAUGAUGAAUAUGAGGUUGAAAAUUUUGUGAAAUUUCCCUAUAAGAUUUAUGUGAAAAUACAGCUUAACGUUGACAUUUGUUUUGUAUAUGUAUGCUGUUGUAAAAGCAGCCUGGGUGCCAGUCUGUUGGUGCUAACAUGCCAACUCCCUGUCACGCCAAACAAUGACAGCAGUGGAGUUAGCAAGAGCACAGAUAGAUCUGGAACCAGGCUAUGAAGAGCUUAGUUGGUCUGAAUUACUUGACUUGACUUAACAUUUGUGUGCAUCCCAAAUGGCACCCCAUUCCCUACAAAGUGCACUACUUUUUUUUGGCGCUCUAAGGGCCCUGUUCAAAAGUAGUGCACAAUAUAGGGGAGGGUUCCCCAACCCUGUUCCUUGAGAACUACCCUCCUGGAGGUUUAUACUCCAACCCUGUUCCUGGAGAACUACCCUCCUGUAGGUUUUAACUCCAACCCUGUUCCUGGAGAACUACCCUCCUGGAGGUUUAUACUCCAACCCUGUUCCUGGAGAGCUACCCUCCUGUAGGUUUUAACUCCAACCCUGUUCCUGGAGAACUAUCCUCCUGGAGGUUUAUACUCCAACCCUGUUCCUGGAGAGCUACCCUCCUGGAGGUUUUAACUCCAACCCUGUUCCUCGAGAGCUACCCUCCUGGAGGUUUUAACUCCAACCCUGUUCCUCGAGAGCUACCCUCCUGGAGGUUUUAACUCCAACCCUGUUCCUCGAGAGCUACCCUCCUGGAGGUUUUUGCUCCAACCCCAGUUGUAAGUAACCUGAUUCAUCUUAUCAACCAGCUAAUUAUUAGAAUCAGGUGCGCUAGAUUAGGGUUGGUACGAUAACCUACAGGACGGUAGCUCUCAGAGGAACAGGUUCGGAGAGCCCUGAUAUAGGGGAAUCUCUAACUUUGUCUUGAUCUUCCCUGCAGAUGGGAACCCCAGUUUGUUGUCUGCUGGUGGGUUAGCUCCCUCUACAUCAAGAGGUCCUGAACACAUCGUCACCGCAGCUCAGGAGAACUUCAACUGUCCAGAUCUGUCAUCACUACAGAAACACGUGACAUCUCAGGACACCUCUUUCUUCUGUUCUCUGUGUGGGGAGGAGUUCUCUGAGAAGACUCAGUUAGAAGAACACCAGUUGGCUCACAAUAACAAGAAGCCUUUCCCCUGCCCUGACUGUGGGAAGAGGUUCCGCAGUAACUACUACGUUAAGAUCCACAUGCGAAUGCACACCGGGGAAAGGCCUUACCAAUGCUCUGAGUGUGGGAAGGGCUUUAUCACAGAAGAAGGGCUAAAGAAGCAUGAGAGCGCGCACCGGGGAGAGAGACCCCACCUCUGCCCCGAGUGCGGAAAGAGAUUCAAGCAACAAUCCCAACUGACAUGCCACUUCCGUAUGCACACCGGACAGAAGAGCCACCUCUGCGCCGUCUGUGGGAAGAGUUACUUCAGGGAAUUUGACCUCAAGGUUCACCUCAGAGUCCACACGGGAGAGAAGCCCCAUCAGUGUGAGGAGUGUGGGAAGAGCUUCUAUUAUCUACAGGGGCUCCGGCAGCACCAGAGGACCCACGCUCCCAAGCCCAUCGGACCGACCCGCCAGCUAGGCAGACCUAAGCAGUCAUCCAGCACGGACAGCUUGGACAGACCAAACCAAUCACCCAGGACGGGAAGGCCCAGGCCAGAUCCUAGAGUGGAGAGACCCAUGCCUCUACCCAGAGUGGAGAGACCCAUGCCUCUAGCCAGAGUAGAGAGACCCAUGCCUCUAGCCCUACCUAGAGUUGAGAGUGAUCUGGAGAGGCCUCACUGGCAUUACUGGCACCUUUAA